UUUUCUCUCGGCAGCGCGGGCCGCGGUCGCGUGCAGAGCGCCUCAGCCAGCCGGCGUUGUCGGGCGAUGGGCUGCGGGAAUUCCACUGCCGGCAGCGCCGGCAGCAGAGAUACUGCAGGAACUGCUAAAGAUGUAACAGAAGAAUCAGUAUCUGAAGAUGACAAAAGGAAGAACUAUGGGGGUGUUUAUGUUGGUCUACCAGCUGAUGCUGCUACCAAGAUUUCCACCCAGACCAAGAUGGCACCUAAAGAAGAGAGACUGCAUUAUCGUAAGAAUACUCCUUACUUCGUAACAAGAUUAGAAGACCAUGAACGCUCUGAACUAUUCGAGCAGUUAGAGAUCACACAUCGCAAUGGAAUGCAGUGCUGUCUUUCAGCUGAAGAUUUACAUAGCCAGAAGAGUCAAGCCACAAAAAAGCUUCUUUGCUGUGAAAGUUACAACUAUGGAUCAAGCUGAAUGCUCAAAAUGGAACUGAAGUGUAGUAUUGUGCUAUAUGGAUCUUUUUGAUGUCCUCUAAUGCAGCAUUAAUUAACAGAUGUAUGAUGGGCAUUUCUGCACAAAAAGCUGACGCUGUUGAUCACCAACACUUUGGCUGUAACUACCGAUUUUAUGGAUGACAAUAGGUCUAUUUUUCUUUGGCUACUUUUGAUAGCUUUUAUAUAAGGAGACCAUGACUACUGUUCACUCAAGUGUUCCUAGACUAAGGGUAGUGUAAAUUAACUAUUGAUUUACUCCAGAGUAAUAUAUUUGAGAAAUAUAUUCAAGCUAUUGCUGUGGGAAUUUGGAGUUAGGUACCGAUAGGCAUUGUCAGUUCCUUCUAACUACCUGCUUUUAUACUGUGAACCAGCUACUGAAGUUGACAUGCCAUUUUUAAAAUAUAUAGAAUUGUUCAAGAAAACUUCUUUCACCAGAAAUCAUUGCAAUAUUUUUCAGUGAGAUGCUUACCUACCUACCUACCUUUCUUUUGGUUUGGCAUUAAUCCUUGUAAGUAUUAAGCACUGGAAGUAACCACUGCUUCACAAAAUAGUCAUGUUAUGUCUUCCAUUUCACAUAAAUAAUGGUGGUUUUUAUUUUUAUGAUAGAAGGCAAUGACAGGAAUAAGCCUCUAAGCAUUGCAGUAGGCAAAUGGCAUUCAUUUAUAUAGGGCUUGCAGAGAAAUAAUGUGCAAACCCCGUUGAAAUAAAUGACACCUGUUCAGCCACAGUGCUUAAUGGGCCAUACUCAGUGCAAAGUUUAACAGAGACCUGCACACCUCUUAAAUUGAGAUAUUUUGAUCAACUUCAGAGUUUUGUAUCUUAAUCUUGUUAAUGGCAGCAUCACAUUAAGGGGAUAUAAACAAGACUUUGUUCCAAUAUGUACCUUUUACAUACCAUACUGUUAAGUGACCCAUUAUGUGUUCAGAUGCAGUUGACUUUGUACUGACUAUCUUUCCAUGUAGCCCCACUCAGUGCUUCUGCAUGACUGAAGGGGAUGUAUUAAAUUAUUAAAGCAUUUUUUUUGCAUAGC